CGCAGAUUCGCGCUGCGCUGAUACCCGGUGAAAUAAUACAACUCGCUUGAUUACUCGGCUUCGGCCCGUUCGCAGUUACAUUGAGUAUCUGGCAGCAGUCACCAAGGAAGCGUGUGACUCGGCGCUCCGCAUCGCAACUUCGGAGCUGUUCCCCUCUGAUCGACCAUACGAAUCGGACCGGUCGAAAGCCACAAUGGCACCCAAAUCGAACAAGAAGGCUGUGGUGGAAAGGGAGCCCACUCCUAUGAGCACAUCGUCCUCUCCUGCAGACUCAAGCUCGGAGGCCGAGUCGAACAACCAGAGCGGAAGCGAAAGUGACAGCGAUAGCAGCACGUCUUCCACCGAGAGAACUUCGAGCCAGCAGACUGCCCGCAAUGUGUCCAUUUCCGCCCCCCAACCCUACAAGCCUCCUUCUGGAUUCAAGUCCUUGAAACAACAAGCGCCGCCUAAAUCCAAUGUCUCUUCUCUGCUAUCCGAUCUUCGCGGCAAGCAAGUCUUCCACAUCACCGCUCCAGAAUACCUUCCUCUUUCCAAGGUCGAGGAGGUCUCCUUGGCCAAGAUCAUGCAGGGCAAGCCGGUCUUGAAGCACAAAGGCGUGCAAUAUGGAAUUCCGGUGGAGAGCAUAACGCAGCCCGACCUGGGUGGCAAGGCGCUUCAUCUUUACGACUCGAAGAACAAGACAUACUACAGCACCAACGCUAGCAAUAUCCCCAGCUAUCACAUUCAAGAAAUGGUCGACGUUCCCGAGAUUUCCGAGGAAGCCAUUGCACAAGCUGUGAAAGAACAGGUCAAGCCCCCGAGGAAACACCCCAAACACCUGAAGAUGCGAUUCCGGCCAGUCGGAAGCGGCGUGGCCCCGCCGGAGACGCUCGGGUCCAGUUCCGAGGAGUCAGAAGGGGAGCAGCCUACGUUCAAGGUCCCCAAGAAGUUGGAGAAGGAGGAGAGGAAGCGUAAGAGCCACCCUACUGAGGCAGAGGGAAACCAGGCCGAGGCUGGCAGUGUGCCUCGCAAGAAGUCCAAGAAAUCAUCCCACGAGGCUGGCGAAGGCGAGAAGAAAAAGUCCAGCAAAAGCCGAGAGGAGAAGAAGAGAAAGAAGUCCGACAAAGCUUAAAGAGUCGCCGGCAUUUUUUCCUUUUCUCUUUCGUCAUGUUUGUUCAUCAAAAGUUGGCAUUAUUAGAUGGGAUGUUUUGUUAUACUCUUCAAGGCGUGGGGUAUUCUGACGAGCCAGCUGAAUUCUACGUUGCACGCCAGCCAUGGGUGUGUUUGUACAUAAGUCCAGAGUUAGAUCUCAUGCAUAGAACUCGAGUAGUGAGUGGUCCAGUGCAUCGAGCCGACUCUGUACCGCGUCCAAGCUCCAGCUGCAACGGUUGAAGGCCGGCGAACGGACGCUAGCCCGGAUGAAGCGUUCCACCAGCACUGCCUAUCGACAAGCCCCAAUGAUGCCUAUUGCCUAGAGCUGAGGUGGUCAGGCGCUUUGCGCGCUCGAAUGGUAGGACGGCCAGCACAGUGGUCC